GUUUGGAUUAUUGCUCCUAGUUUGGGUUCAAACAGAGAAAUUGCCGUUGUAAGAGCUCUUUUAACUCAGUGCCAAUAGUACGUCACAUUCGGAGUGGUCUAGCGUUCUCGGAAUGCUCACGUGAUACGAUAUCGGCCGCAAUCUUGGAAAUUUCAGACAAGCUCCGAAUCACCCAAACUCCGAAUCACACAAACUCCAAGUAUAUUUCAGGCCUACAUGUCUGAUCAACCACAAUCGCUCUCCCAGCGAUACACCUCUGCCAUUGCGUCCUUUACUGCCCUCUCGUCGCUGCCCUUGAGACAGGACUCGUCGGAGUUUCAGAAAGCCGCCGUCUCUGCCAUUGAGCAGUUCCAGACGGUGACCCAGAGUAUUGCCCAGUUGUCUCUUUUCUCGGCAAAUGAGUUCAUGGAGGACCUCAAUACAAACGAAAUCAAGUACCUUGGCGUUAAAUACUACUUGGGAGAGCUUCACGAGCGAGUCUCCUCCCCCAGACUAGAAGCGCUCACCCAGGCGCAGCAGCUCUACUUACAGUUUAUCUACCAGCUCCAUGACUACGGUUUGCUCAGUGCGACUCAGGCCAAGCUAGUUGACGGAAUUGCGAGUCAAUGGAGCCCGAAGCUCGAUGAGAUUAUGCCCAUGUCUUCUGCAGGCGACGCAGCCUUGAGAAGGGCCACCAAAAUUGCCAACUACAAGCACGAAUCCACGUUGACCAAGCAGCUCGAGCUUCUUGAACUGUACAUAGCCCGUGGUGAGCUCGAUAAUCUUGACGAUGAGGCGGUUAGAGACUUGUAUUUCGACCAGAUAAAGCUCUUUGCCGUCAGAGCGUUCCGAAACUUAGAGAACUUGAUGAUGGAGUUGGAGGUGUUGAAGCACGCUCCAAAGCUUACCGAGGUUAUUGAGCCCACUGUGGAUGACAGAACGGAUAAUGACACGUCGAGCCGGUUUGACAGAGGGUUCACCGACAAGUUGGAGGCCGUUCCAACAGAUAAACCCAAGCUUCUCUCGUCCACAGGGAAGAUUCUCCGUCCGUUCACCAUCACUAGCGACAAGAGACUGCAGUUGAGGCUGCAGGUAUUUGGAACGGGCCAAGUGUUGCCGUCAAUGUCGGUGGAGGAGUACUUGGACUACGAGUUGGCCAACGGGAAGAUGGCAGCACCAGCAGCCCCUGAGGAAGACACGGACGAGGACGAUGAAGAGGCAGCUGACAGGGAGACGUACAAGAAGCGAGAGUGGGAUGAGUUCACCGAUAACAACCGCAAGGGGAGUGGUAACACCAUGAACAGGGGAUAGGAUCUGUCGGAUGACAGGAACACGUGCGAGUUUUCGAGAUAACCUUUCGGCACUGGUAUCAUGGAGCUAUGCCACUAUUGGUGAGGGUCUGUUUUAUUUCUGGGGGGGGGGCUGCCGGUAGUUUAAUGUGAUUACGAAUUCGAAUAAUGUGGGAUAUCGAUGUAGUUUAACAAAAGCAAAGCACCUGGCCCAUGCCAACAUAAAUAUAUAACUAAAUACAUGUUAUAUAAAUGCCA